GACUUUUGGACACAUAAGGAAAUUCAUCAACUGAUCAAUGUCGUUGUCGCGUCGUCAGAGACAUUGCGGGCAGGCAGAACCUCAACUCGUGAUGGUCUUACAGUGCUAGGUGCCCUUGAUUGUAAACACAUUUCGGAAACUUUAAAAAUUCGAGGUGAGCAAACGUAAAAAGAGUUUACGCCAACCAAGACAAUGGCGGAGAUGAAUGAGGCUAUAAACAUUAAAUUCCAUGACCUCAGAGUCAGGCUCGGAAAGGCGAAGCCUAAUACCUACGCCCUCCCCGGUUCACUCACUGAUCGAAUAGCACACCCAGCCGCCACGCCCAAGGGUAAGGAACUCGCCAUGAAGUUAAAGACACCCGCGCCACGCCGAUCGAUCUGCAUUGCAGAACAGGAACUGGCAACAAGCGCCGUCGUACCGCUGAGGAUGAAGCCAGAUCCAAUGGCCAGGAAGCCAUUAAAAUGGUAAAAGUCCAGACAAGAUCUGGAAACUGUAGAGCAAACAUUCCUACACACAAACCUGCAAGCGAUACUGAAUCGUGAAAGGCUGGCGCACCUCCACAGCUCACUUGUAGAAGGCAGGUUUUUUUCUCAAUAAAAAAUGUUUAUCAAC